AUGGGGAGCCUCGUGGCAGAGGAGGCAUUCAAAGCGGCGGAAGCCUAUUUCGAGAGGAACGGGGUGCGGACACUUUUGACCGAUAUCCUGAUUGAGCUAGGCCGGGAGCAGCCCGCAAAUCCACUGGCAGCAAUCAGAUCGCAGCUGGAAAAGGUGGAGAAGGCACAGGCGGCGAGAGCACAAGGUCUGGACGACGUUGAAGGGCCAAAUGGCGAGCUUGAGCGGGAAAGGCUUCGGCAUUUCUCAAAUGGUGGCACUGAUGAUACUAGUGCACGCCCAGCACUGUCAGCAGUCGGUGAGGCUGAGCUGCCAGCAGUGCCACCAUUAGAACCCCAGGUUCCGCAGCCUGAGAUUCCCGAAAAGCAGCCAGACACAGAGGAGCAUGAUGCCGACAGCAGCCUGCUUCAGGUGGAUGCCCUGCGCCUCCUGGUGGACGAGCGCCUGGCGUCUUCAGCAAAGGGGCCAGGGCAGGACCUCUCGAAGAGCCGUGCAUGGGGUGGCGGCUUCAAUCGCGAUGUGCUGGAGCGAGGGAGAGUUGGGUCCCACAGCCCUCCCCAUGCUGCGCGGCUGCCUCUGUGGCUGGUGCCUACAACUGUCUUUGGCAUCUUGGGCGAGGGGCUGAUGCCUGUGCCAGCCUCGGACUGCCACUCCGGCAUUUGCUCGCAUGCUUUGGAUGUCCGCACGAUCCGCGAGGUGGCAGAUAUCAUGGCACAAAACAAAGAGAUCACGCAUGCCAGGCCUAUGGUCAACAGAAUCCGAGGUGAGCUGCUGACUUGGAGCGGGGACCCUGCCCCAAAGCAGGCAGCAGAAGAGUCGCCCCCCGUGCCACAGGAGCCACCUGCUGAGCAAGCGCCUGAUGGCGGCGAUUUGGAAGCAACCAUGAAGCAGGGUGAGGGUGGUGUCUUGGUGACCGACGUUUUCGCGGCCUUACACGAAGUUUUACAUACCGAAUACCAAGUGCCCGAGGACGAUGAGGACGACAAGGCUCAGGCUUGCGAGGUUGUCCAGGAUGACAGGGCCAUCAAGUGGAAGAAGGAGCUUUCCGAGCUUUUUACAGCUCGAAAGGCUGUCUUCAGGCUGCGAGCAGAGCGCCCCAACACUUCUGAAGUUGGGAGCGGCAAUCUGAAGCAAGCUGCUGAACAGCUGGGCACCAACCGUACCCAAGAGUCACUGAAGGUCACUUGCUUGCUUGGGCGCAGACAGAGUUUCAAGAACAUCGCUGCGGUGGUUUCCAAAGGGGAUGGAGAGCCUGACGUGCGAAAGCAGUGGACAAUCCUGAAGCAGGCAUUCGUAGAUCCAAGCAGUGUCCUGCUCUUCCACCUCACCAACCACUACGCUCUGGUCUUUGCGUGGCGCGAAUGGUCCGAAACGGGCGCCUCUGAGGAAGAGAUCCUCAGGCGCCAGAUCCUCACAUCGCGCCGUGGUCAGCGGCCGAGCGCGUGGAUGGAGUUUGAGGAGCUUCAGCGCCAGAGCCAGCUGGACAGGGGCGAUGGGUCAACCGUAGCCAUGGUCCCCGGUGCAUCCGAAGAGCCAGAUGACGUGAUGCAGAUCUGCUUCCAAUUGUUGAUUGUCAGCGGACGCUUGCUCGACGAGAGCAUGACGGCCCAUCAGUUCCGUUUAACCCUGCUGGAGGAAGACGGUGCAAGCGGACGAUGA